UCAGAUGUGUGAACGUAACACGGGUCGGAGGCUGCGGCAGUGGCUCAUCGAGCAGAUCGACAGCGGGCACUACCCCGGGCUCAUCUGGGAGAACGACGGCAAAAGUCUCUUCCGAAUCCCCUGGAAACACGCCGGGAAGCAGGAUUACAAUCAGGAAGUGGACGCCUCCAUCUUCAAAGCCUGGGCGAUAUUUAAAGGGAAGUUUAAAGAGGGCGACAGGGCGGAGCCGGCGACGUGGAAGACGCGCCUACGCUGCGCGCUCAACAAAAGCCCCGACUUCGAGGAGGUGACGGAGAGAUCCCAGCUGGACAUUUCGGAGCCGUACAAGGUGUACCGCAUCGUCCCGGAGGAGGAGCAGAAAUGUAAGAUGGUCGGCUCCAACCUGAAUGAUCUCACAGACAUGGACUGCAGCUCAUCGGAAAUGGAGACGCCUGCAGAUGACUAUUUGGUGAACAUAAAGCGCAGCCCCUCCCCGGCCAAGGACACGUGUCAGAAGCCGCCGUCACAGGACUGGUGGAUGUACCCUCACGGCACAGGGAUGCACAUGGACGGGUACGGCAUGUAUCCCAGUGAACCGGCUUCUCACGGAUUUUCACAGAUGAUCAUCCAGUUCUACUAUGGAGGGAAGGCCGCCAGCCAGGUGACGACGACGCGGGUAGAAGGGUGCCGCCUCUCCUUGCGCCCGUCCACCGCCAGUGAAAAGUAUUACCAGUUGGAAAGUUUCGAGAAUAUCGUAUUCCCGCCGGCCGAAUACAUCAUGAGCGAGCGGCAGCGGCAGAUCACCAAGAAGCUGUUCGGCCACCUGGAGAGGGGGGUCCUCCUACUCAGCAACCGGCAGGGAAUCUUCAUCAAGAGGCUGUGCCAGGGCCGGGUGUUCUGGAGCGGGAACUGCAUGCCGUACAAAGAUCGCGCGCACAAGCUGGAGCGGGAUGAGAUCACCAAGAUCUUCGACACCAAUCAGUACAUAAGAGAGUUCCAGCAUUGCUACUCCAAUCAGCUGAGACUUCCAGACAGCAAAGUGACGCUGUGCUUUGGGGAGGAGUUUCCUGACGCCACGCCGCUGCAUAUGAAGCUCAUCAUUGUCCAGGUUGAACAGCUCGGCUUAAGGCAGCUGCUGGAAUCCUCUGCCAAAAACUACAACGUGGCCGGUUUGCACCUGGCCGCCGACUCUCCAAUGGACUCCAUCCAACGUCACCUCCCGGAUCCCUGCACCACCCACCAGAGGGCGUUCUACCGGGACACCCCGCAGAUCACCGUCUGAGCCCCCGCCCUCCGCACCCCCCUCUGCCCGUAUUUUUACCUGUACAGUCAAAAAUAAAUUUAUAUUUUUAUA